GCGCGUGCUCGGCGCUCGGCGCGGUGUCCUGCGGCGGCCUGGCGCGCUGUGGUGUGGCGGUGUCGCUGCUUGUCGCGGUGUGUCGCGGUUUGUGGCGAUGGUGAAGCUCACGGCGGAGCUGAUCGAGCAGGCGGCACAGUACACCAACGCCGUCCGCGACCGGGAGCUCGACCUGCGCGGCUAUAAAAUCCCUGUUAUUGAGAACUUGGGUGCCACUCUAGACCAGUUUGAUGCCAUUGAUUUCUCUGACAAUGAGAUCCGCAAACUGGACGGAUUCCCUUUGCUGCGGAGGCUGAAAACUCUCCUCAUGAAUAACAACAGGAUUUGUCGGAUUGGUGAGAACCUGGAACAGGCUCUGCCCAGCCUCACAGAGCUCAUUCUUACCAACAACAACAUUGCUGAACUGGGUGAACUGGAUCCAUUGGCAACUAUUAAAUCAUUGACUUACCUGAGCGUUCUAAGGAAUCCUGUAACAAAUAAGAAACAUUACAGAUUAUAUCUAAUUCAUAAAGUUCCCCAGGUCAGAGUGCUGGAUUUUCAAAAAGUGAAGCUCAAAGAGCGACAGGAGGCAGAGAAAAUGUUCAAGGGCAAACGGGGUGCACAGCUUGCAAAGGAUAUUGCCAGGAGAGCAAAAACCUUCAAUCCAGGAGCUGGUCUGCCAACAGACAAAAAGAAAACUGGGCCCUCCCCAGGGGAUGUGGAGGCAAUUAAGACUGCCAUAGCAAAUGCCUCGACCUUGGCGGAGGUGGAGCGGCUGAAGGGAUUGCUGCAGGCAGGACAGAUCCCCGGCAGGGAGCGGAAAUCAGGCCCAUCGGAGGACGGCGAAGAAGAAAUGGAAGAGGACACAGUGCCAAACGGAUCGUAGCCCGGGCCGUGCCGCGCUCCGGCCCUCCCCAGGAGCCCAUUCCUGUCCCAUUCCUGUCCCCGGCAGGGCCCCAUCGCUCCCGUCCUCGCGCAUUUCGCUGUUCAAUAAACGAACGGUCCCUUUUUCU